AUGGCAACGCAAGUUGGUUGCGUUAAAAGCGUGUUCCAUGUAGCGACUACGAGGACAGACUUGCAUUACGAAUCACCGUUAUCGCCGCGUCGGAUUGGGUACGCAGCGCGUGUUGCUCACGUUCCCCUUGUGAGGAAAGUGUCGAGUAAUGCAAUUAGAGUCCGUUGUUGCAACAACAAUGGGAGGGAAAGUGGUGUGGUGGUGGAGAAGGUGGAGGGAAUUGAAAACAGUUAUACCCGUGUUAUGAAAUUUGGUGGGUCUUCUGUUGCCAGUGCUGUGAGGAUGAGAGAGGUUGCUAACCUUAUACUGGGUUUUCCUGAAGAAAGGCCUAUCAUUGUUUUAUCUGCUAUGGGAAAGACUACUAACAGGCUUUUACUGGCCGGAGAAAAAGCUGUAAGCUGUGGAGUUACUAAUGCCGAAAGUAUUGAUGAGCUCAGUGAUAUAAAAGACUUGCAUCUCAGGACAGUGGAGGAACUUGGAGUGGACAGAGAUGUUAUUGCAAAGCAUCUAGAAGAAUUGGAGCAACUUCUUAAGGGGAUUGCUAUGAUGAAAGAGUUGACUCCAAGGACGCAAGAUUACUUAGUUUCAUUUGGAGAGUGCAUGUCCACUAGAAUCUUUGCUGCAUAUCUUAAUAAAAUAGGUGUCAAGGCUCGUCAGUAUGAUGCAUUUGAGAUUGGUUUUAUAACAACUGAUGACUUCACUAAUGCCGACAUUUUGGAAGCAACAUAUCCAGCUGUUGCGAAGAGGUUACAUAGUGACUGGGUUUCUGAUCCUGCAAUUCCAGUUAUUACAGGCUUCCUUGGAAAGGCCCGGAAAUCAUGUGCAGUGACAACAUUGGGUAGAGGGGGCAGUGAUUUGACUGCUACAACAAUUGGAAAAGCACUAGGACUGCCAGAGAUUCAGGUAUGGAAAGAUGUUGAUGGUGUUCUAACAUGUGAUCCAAAUUUAUGCCCACAAGCAGAACCUGUUCCAUUUUUGACAUUUGAUGAGGCUGCUGAGCUUGCUUACUUCGGUGCUCAGGUCUUGCAUCCACAGUCUAUGAGACCUGCCAGAGAAGGUGAUAUUCCUGUUAGGGUUAAAAAUUCUUACAACCCUAAAGCUCCGGGUACCCUUAUCACCAAAACAAGAGACAUGAGCAAGGCAUUAUUAACUAGCAUUGUUUUGAAACGUAAUGUUACCAUGUUGGAUAUUGUAAGCACCCGCAUGCUCGGCCAGUUUGGGUUCCUUGCUAAGGUGUUUUCAAUCUUUGAAGAUUUAGGCAUAUCAGUUGAUGUUGUAGCUACAAGUGAGGUUAGUAUUUCCUUGACGUUGGAUCCGUCAAAGCUGUGGAGCAGAGAACUAAUUCAACAGGAACUUGACUAUGUUGUUGAAGAACUGGAAAAAAUUUCUGUGGUGAAUCUCCUAAAGAAUAGAUCCAUUAUCUCCCUCAUUGGAAACGUUCAGAUGUCGUCACUAAUACUGGAGAAGGCCUUUCAAGUUCUUCGCACCCUUGGCGUCACUGUUCAAAUGAUUUCUCAAGGUGCAUCUAAGGUAAAUAUCUCAUUAGUUGUAAACGACAACGAAGCAGACCAGUGUGUCAGGGCCCUCCAUAAAACCUUCUUUGAGUGCGAGGUCUCUGAAUUAGAGACUGAAUGCAUAUCCAAAAAUGGUUCUGUUCCUGCUUUAUCUUAA